UAAGCUCGCUUAAAUCCUUAAGCCUUACUUGGAUGUGAUUUGUAUGCACCACAGAAAAUUAAUCUAAGCUUCGUUAAGCGUUAAAUAUAUUUGACAACAUUGCGUAUUUGUGCUUUUUAACCUCACUAUUUUUCACAUGUUUAUAAGUUAUACGACCUUUUGUAUUUUUAACGUGUGUGCAAAGUAUAAUUUUACGAGUUCGCUAAUUAUUAACAAAUCAUGAGCAAAGAAAAAAUUAGGGUGGCAAACUUUUCUAGUGCAGAGAAACUGCUUCUGUUAACGAUAAUUUCAGAAAAAUAUAGUAAAAUACUAGAAGACAAAAAAACUGACCGCAUGUCUGUCUCUCAAAAAGAGCAGGCAUGGUCACAAAUCGAAAUAGACUUUAAUGCUUCGUCUACUACAACGUUCCGAAACGCAUCCUGUCUAAAGAAGUGUUACGAAAACAGGAAGAAAGAACUGCGUAAAACUGUAGCCAGUCAUAAACGAGACGUCUUAUUAACUGGUGGUGGGCCACCACCUAAGAAAAAGAAAGACGAUGACGAAACAUUGAUUGAUGAUAUACUGACAUCAAUCAUGAAUGAAAAGACUUUGGUAGGACUACAAAACCCAUUUGAUGACGAUGUUGAUGAAAACGCAAUCCCACAACGUAAUACUCAACAAUUCGAUACAGAUACUGAGUUUGUGUUGGAGGUUGGCAGUGAAUACACUUCACAAAUUCAGACUGCACAGGGCGUCAUGCCAGCAUCCAACGUUAUGAAUUGGAAAAGGAGUACUCCAAAUCAAUUAAAACAACCAAUAAGUGCAACACUUUGUGCCAUUGCAAAAGAUGAACAAAUGGCACCACAACUAGACAUCACCACACCUAAUAGCUCUAAAGCGCGAACACCAAAACAGUGUAGCAGAAGAAGACCAACAACCGUCGUGAAAACGCUAACAUUGUCUGACAUUGCUAAGAAAUACAAUAUAUUACUUGAUAAACGAAUUUCUUUAUUGGAUGCACAACAUAAACAUAUGGAAAAAGAAAAUGAAUUAAUUCUCAAAAAGCAUCAACUAGAAAUUGCUUUGUUAACUAGGAAAUUGAAAAGAGAUGAAGAGCUUGACACUGAAAAUUAGUAAUUAUCUGUUUUAUACUUAUAGUA